CCAUCCUCUUCAACGACGCGUAUGUCAAUUUUUUUGUGAAAUCUUGUCACAGGUAGUACAUGGGGGUAUCCUGUGCAACCUAGACUGAUUUUGGCCAGCAGAAGAGGCCCUGACCAAAGCGCGCGUGAUGCUUUUCGUUUGUUCGUUCAUUUACAGCUGUAUGCUGCUUGCCCCGCUAUACUCAUUAACAAGAGUCUCUGCCUCGGCUACUAAGGAAGCAUUGAACCUUAAGGCCGGGGAUGUCUAUCAUGCCUGUACCAAAGGAGAGAGCAGAAUAGAUCGGGCACUCCUACUUGCAUGUACAACAAUAAGAGAGAACAAAAAGAUGGGCCAGUCCAUGUCUCCUGGAUCCUCCAGCUUUAAGAGUAAAGGGGGAGCGUGAAGAAGUGGAUGCAAAAGGGCGAUCAAACCAGUCGUUCCGCUGAUGACAAAAGUCUGGCUCUCACUCUUGGAGGAGACGCAUCCCAGAUGUUCACGCAUUGGGCGGAUGGUCUGCUGAACCUAUCGAAACACGCGUCGCAAUCGCUGCAUAGAACCGCCAUAGCCGUAACGACGGCUAGACUGGCAAUACAUACUCUCCAUCCAUAACAUACAAUGGCUGACGACCACAAACAUCAUGGAUCAAAAAACAACGAUGUGCCC